CACUGUCAUUCGGUGUUUUGGUUCGAUAACUCGACGUUCGUUCGUUAUCGUGUUGUUUUCAUUGAGCGAAACACAUAAAUAGAUUGAAGUUCAAAAUUAAAAAGAAAUAAAAAACUACUAAGAUGGCUAUUGGGGCAGGAAUGUCGUGUGUGAAGUACCUACUUUUUUGCUUCAAUCUUUUGUUUGCGCUGACUGGAUUGAUCAUCCUGAUUGUUGGUAUUUGGGUUGAAGCAAACUCUCAUCCAUACAUUGAUCUUACGGAUGAAAGCUUCUAUACUACUGGACCGGUAGUCCUCAUCAUUGUUGGAGUGAUCGUGUUUAUAGUUGCAUUCUUUGGCUGCUGUGGUGCGGUAAAGGAGAACCACUGCAUGAUAGUAACGUUCGCUAUAUUCCUGCUGGUAAUCUUCAUAGCGGAGCUGGCUGUGGGCAUUGCGGGCUACGUGAAGCACGACGACAUACAGAACUCUAUCGUGCGCCAUCUCAACACCACCAUCAAAGAUUAUCCCACCAACAAGGAGGUCCAGAGCACCUUUGAUAUCCUGCAGACUGACUUACAAUGCUGCGGUAUCUACGGACCUGGCGACUGGGCCAACAACACUCUGCCAAUCCCGGAAACUUGCUGCGCUGGUCGCGAGAUCAAGGAGGGAGCUGCUGCCGCCUGCACUCCUGACUCUCCCGGCUUCCACACCACCGGCUGUCUCAGCAAACUUGUACCCUUCUUCAAUGACAUGGCUGUGCUGCUCGGCGGAGUCGGACUCGGUAUUGCUAUGGUGCAGCUCCUGGGUGUGAUAUUCGCGUGUUGCCUGGCGCGAUCCAUCCGCAGCGAGUACGAGACUGUGUAAACAAUUACAUCAUGAGUUUCCACUGAUGUGAUACAUGUAUACCAACAUGUAACACAAUUGUGGAGAUUCACAUUUGAAAUGACAAAUUUAAUCUCAUUGCUAUUAGUGUUUCGAUUAUCUUACAAUUUUAAUUAUAUUGUGAUUUAAGUAUAAGUUUUUUCCGUAAAUAUAUA